GUUCCAGCACGCGAAUCCUGCCGCAAGGAUGCCCGUGAACGCUGCUCCACCGCCACCGUCGGAAAAUCCAGUCAAGGGGAAAGCGAAGGGGAACAGCCGGGGAAAGGGAAAGUGCCAUCGCCACAUCGCAUUGUGCCACAUUUAAAAAUGAAAACAGCAGACGGUGGAAGGAAACGAAUGAAGUGAAGGCCCAAGCCAAAAGCCGUUUAAUAACUAAAUCCCACGGAGCCAUCGUUGGUCACGUUUCGAGACGGAUACACAAAAUGCCUCUCCUCUCUCCGCGUAUCCUUCGUGAUGAUGUUGUUGUCGUUGUGGUGUCUGUGUGUGUGUGCCCCAGUGUGUGUGAGUGCCUCAGUGUGUGAGUGUGCAUACCUAUAGGGCUCUGGCUGGCACCUAAUGUGGCCAACAUACACACACACACAUUGCCGAGUUUAAUAAUACAAAGCCCUCGUCGUCCUUGUCGCUCGCCAUCGCUGUCAUCAUCGUCGUGUGCGUGUCCGCAUCCACAUCCGCAUCCGCAUCCGCGUUCGCAUCCGCAUCCGCAGCCGUGUCCAUGUGUCCGCUUCCGCUGAACGGAUAUAUUUUCGAAAUCCGCGCUAUUAAGCCACGCACACCCAAGUAAGCCAAGUAAGCCAGACCAAAAAUAGACCUUAUUUUUUGUGGCAUUGUUGAGAACGGAUUGAUUGGUGAACUUUUCCGAUUCUGAUUGGUGAAUUGUGUGCGGCAUUGUUGAGUGCUGGUUAUUGUGCAACUGUUGAAUGAGUAAUGCUUAAGGAGCCGCCUAAUUAUUGCGCAUUGCGCAAUCAAGAUAUAACGCAGUAAAAUCAAGCUCAAGGAUAGCAAGGAUCACGAGCCAGGAUUCAGGCAUUAGGUUUCCGGAUUCCGGAGGAGAGGAUGACGCUGGUGUCAUUUGGAAGUCAUAGCGGAGACCCAUUAUUAAACCUUAAACCGUAAACGGAGCAAAUACAACACCCCGGAGGAGCAGAGGACUCCUUCGUCCUGAUCAGAGUAGCAGCAGCAGUCCGAGUGGAGAGCAUAAACCAUGUGGACAUCGGACAGCCCGGGAGCCCUGAAAGCGAUUUGCCUGGUGCCGCUGUGGCUGCUCCUGCUCCUCGAUUGCGGCCUGGUCAGCGGCGAGGUGCCACCGCACUACUGGGAAACCCCAUACUCGCAGCCCUACUUCGACAACUCCUCGAGGCGCGAGGUCACCGCAACCGUGGGUCAGGCGGCCCUGCUGCACUGCCGCGUGCGGAAUCUGGGCGAUCGAGCGGUGUCCUGGAUAAGGAAGCGCGACCUCCACAUCCUCACAGUGGGCAUACUCACCUACACCAACGACCAGCGCUUCCAGUCGCUGCAUUCCGAGGGUUCCGACGAGUGGACGUUGCGCAUCUCAUCGCCACAGCCGAGGGAUUCGGGCACCUACGAGUGCCAGGUGUCCACCGAGCCGAAGAUCAGCCAGGGAUUCCGCCUCAACGUGGUGGUGUCGCGGGCCAAGAUCCUGGGCAACGCAGAGCUCUUCAUCAAGAGCGGCAGCGACAUCAAUCUCACCUGCCUGGCGAUGCAGUCGCCGGUGCCGCCAUCGUUCAUCUACUGGUACAAGGGCAAGCGGGUCAUGAAUUACUCGCAGCGCGGUGGCAUCAACGUCAUCACGGAGCGUUCCACGCGGACCAGCAAGCUGCUCAUCGCCAAGGCCACGCCGGCGGAUUCGGGCAACUACACCUGCUCCCCGAGCAGCUCAGAUUCCGCCUCGGUGGUGGUGCACGUCAUCAACGGGGAGCAUCCGGCCGCCAUGCAGCACGGCAACAGCAGCGCCAGCUGGCUGCGCCCCCUUCCGGCCACGUCCGUGCCUUUCGUCCUUGCCACCAGGAUCUCGAUGACGGUGGCGGCUGUCGCCUGGAACUGCAACUUCAACGGCAACUGGAACUGGAACUGGAGACCCGACUUGAGCUGGCACUGGAAUUUGCAUUGGAACUGGAGCAACAUGGCCAACAGUCUGUUGGGCAUCUGGAGCUGGAGCUGAUGCGGCCUAAGCAAUCGCCAAUCCAAAUCGCUGAGCAACAGUCCCGGCCAAGUUGGGACUGAAGAACCGCUCCUCCCCAGGUGCAUUUAAUGAGGGCGGAGGAGCGUCUUACGAACUAGUGUACAUAUACAGUGUGUCCUUUAACGAGUAUUAUCUAUAAGACAUCCCCGAGCAGGCAGGCAGUAUUACGAGAGAGAAGUUUUAAUCAACCACAGUCAACAGUACGAGUCCAGGCAAAAAAGCAGCACUAUCCAUACCCAGAGAAAUUAACAAUGCCUAAAAUAAUAGCAGCUGUUUUUCAUUCAUCCCACAAAAAAAAAAUCAGUGUUGUCAUUGUAUUUCAUUUGAAAUUCAUUUGGCUUAACCCAGGUUUAUAAUCACCACAGACUGGCCAAAAGUCAGCAAUUAUUGAAAACCUUUCGGUUUACAGUAUCAUUUUGGGUUCACUGAAGUAGAAAUGUCCGAUUGUAUAUAUACAAUACACAAACAUCAAUAUUUUAGGCCCUCGAUUGUUUAUUUAUUUAUACAAUAAUCAUACACCCUGCACGAGGAGAAGUGAAGAAAGGAGAUUUGGGGAAGAAAGCCCCGGCUAUAUAUAGAUGGUUAUUCAGUGUAUAUGGAUAAGUUUUUAUCUGGUUGUCAGCCGCGAAAUUGUUCUACGUAGUCCAUCAUCUAGUUACUGUGUAAAAUAUUCAUACUUGAUAAUUGUACAUUUAGAGGUCGGUUUUAAGCGGUCUUGAUAAGACUUUUAAGCAGUAAGAGCGAACGGAUCAACGAUCCGAACUCGGUUCAACCAAAAAGAUAGUAAAUGAAAUUACAGAAAUUAUUAAACUAACGAAAAAUGGUAAAUUAUUAAUGAUAAAUGGUAAUUGAAGCUAACCUAAGCAGAGUCGAGUAUGUUUUUCUGUUUAAACAAUGCAAAAAUAAACGAAAAAUGUUUCU